AUGACCGCGGUGGACAGGAUAGAUUUUGGGGAGUUUUUUGUUGGGUGUGGUGGACCUGCAGGUGGUGGUGAUGGUGGAUACAUUAAUUAUCCAUGCGGUCUUGAAGAGUUGGUUACCAGCCUGCCAACCCUCCUCCCCAUGUCCCUCCUCCUCCUCCUCCUCCUCCUGCCCCUCCUGCUGCUGCUGCUGCUGCCUUGUCUGCUACUAGCAGAGACAGCAACAGUAGCCGACGUAGCUGCUGCUACUUUUGCUGCUGCUGCUGCUGCUGCUGCUACAACAACAACAACAAAAAUAACAACAAAGCCCACCACAACCGCCCUCUUCCCCUCCCUCCACUCCCUCCAUUCUCCUUGCAUACGGACAAGGGUGUCACUUUGA